AUGCCGCCGAAAACAUCUCCACGGCUCUUCACCGUACCUCCACAGUUCCUUUGUCCGUCGGUCCCGCGACAAUUCGUCAGGACGAUCAAGUCAAUACUCCGACCACAAUACAGCCGCUUCAACUAUGGCAGUAACAUCCCGGUGCAAACAUCAUCGAAAAAGGCAGCGUUUGAGCGAAAGGAAUUCACCCUCCCGCAUCGUACCGGCGCGCUCUGCAUCAAGAAGGGCAUGACGGGAAUUUACGACCCCGUCACAGCCAAACGCGUGCCGUGCACAGUACUUCAGAUUGAGCGGUGCCAGGUCAUCAGCCACAAGCGCCGUGACGUCCAUGGCUACUGGGCUGUACAGGUCGGCUCUGGAAGCAAAGAGCCUCGCAACGUCACUCGAGCCGAGCGAGGCCAUUUCGCUGCAAACCAGGUGCCCUUGAAGAAGCAUGUCGCUGAAUUCCGAGUCAAGAGCGAGGAAGGCCUGCCGGAAGUCGGCAGCGUCAUCAAGGCGGAUCUUUUCCAAAUAGGACAAUUCGUGGAUGCCCGCGCGACCACGAGGGGUAUGGGUUUUGCGGGUGGAAUGAAGCGUCACGGUUUCUCGGGACAGCCUGCUUCACACGGUAACUCGCUCACUCACCGUGCUAUGGGUUCGGCUGGUGCCAGUCAGGGCAGUGGAUCGCGUGUCUUGCCCGGAAAGAGAAUGGCCGGGCGUAUGGGUGGAGACAUGCACACUGUACAAAAUUUGAAAGUGUUGAAGGUGGACCUUGAAGGAGGGAUUGUUGUGGUGAGCGGAGCUGUUCCGGGACCGAAAUACAGCAUCGUCAAACUUCAAGAUGCUAUCAAGAAACCCUGGCCGCAGGUGGACAACACUGUUGGAUUGUGGAAGCCGACUAAGAGACCUGCGGCGGCGGCGGAGGCAUCAACUUGA